AUGAUUGGUGAGUUACGCAUUAGGAGAGCUCUACUUGAUUUGGGAAGUAGUGUGAACUUGCUACCGUUCUUAGUGUAUGAGCAGUUGGGAUUAGGUGAGCUAAAAAAGACCUCCAUCAAGAUACAGUUAGCUGACAGAUCAGUCAAGGUGCCGAGGGGUAUUGUUGAGAAUGUGCUGGUCCAGAUACCUGGUGAUUGCGACGAGUCAGAGGUGCAUGCUGUUGAUGUGAUUUCAGAGCUUGAUGAAAUAAAGGGAGAGGUCUACGACAAAUCCCGCUUGGCAAAGGAGCGAAUGAAGGUCUUGCAUGACAAGAAGAUCCAUUACAAACAUCUUGUUCUUGAUCCUCCACAAUUCAAGACUGCAUCUUUUUCCUAG